CUGCCGGCGGCGACGAGGAUAUAGUCAGCAGGUUUUUAAUUCGCAGAUAAUUUUCUAAUAUCUUAUGCAGACAGUCGGAUAAUGUAGACAUAGCUGUUUCCUGUGCGUGUGUAUCUACCACGGCUUUCCUGGUAACUGGGUCGCCAGAGGGUUGCACGCGGGCUGUCAUUCAGAAAUAUCCGGGCAGCAUUUUGAGCCAUCACGUGUUUGACGUUCGCUUAUAUAUCGUACGUUUUUACUGUACACUUUUUUUUUUUUCUCUCUCUCUCGCUCAACCGAACUGUCUACUUGUUAAAGUCGACUUCACUUAUUGUAGACAACCGGCUCAAGUUUGUGCCACUGUUAAACUCGUUUUUUUUUGUUUUGUUUUUUUACAUUUUUAGAUUUGUUGUUAAAAACAAACACAUUGGAGGGGUGUUGCAGCAAAAAGUGAUGCUGAACGUUUUGGUCUCAGGCUGAGGAAAUAUCACUGGGAAUUACACAACAGUGAUCAUUCUUCAUCACUACAAACAAAUGGAGCUGCUGUGGGUUUUUGUGCUGCUACUGGAGAUGAUUCUGAUGUCCAAUGCAGCCAGAGGUCCACCCAGAGUGUCAAAGCGAGUAUCCCAUCGGCAGUGCGUCCGCCUUGGUCGAACCAUGAAACUGACCUGUCCUGUGGAGAGUGACCCCCCUCCACUCAUCAUGUGGGCCAAAGAUGGGCGCAAUAUCCAUAGUGGCUGGACACGGUUCAGAGUUUUGCAGUACGUGCUGCGUAUUAAAGAAGUGGAGCCCGAUGAUGCGGGGACAUACAUCUGUAAAGCCACAAACGGGUUUGGCAGCGUGAACAUCAACUAUACUCUCAUUGUUAUAGAUGACUUGGAAUCACGAGACAGAAUAGGAAUUGCCAAUGGAGACUCUGCUCAUACCCCGGAGCUGGCUGGGAAACUAGUUCGCCCACGAUUUACCCAGCCAGCAAAAAUGAGAAGGCGUGUCAUCGCUCGGCCGGAGGGCAGCUCUGUGCGUCUUAAAUGCACAGCGAGUGGGAAUCCUCGGCCUGACAUUGUUUGGCUGAAGGAUAAUCGGCCACUAACGGACGACGAGGGUGCCACAGAAGGUGCCGGGGAGAGAACUAAAGGCGAAGGGAGGAAGAAGAAGAAGUGGACUCUGAGCCUGAAGAAUCUGACACCGCAGCACAGCGGGAGGUACACCUGUCACGUCUUCAACAGAGCAGGAGAGAUCAAUGCCACGUACAAACUGGAGGUCAUACAACGUACCAACUCUAAACCCGUCCUGACGGGUACACAUCCUGUCAACACAACGGUGGAUUAUGGUGGAACCACAUCGUUCCAGUGCAAAGUCCGCAGUGACGUGAAGCCGGUCAUCCAGUGGCUGAAGAGGGUCGAACCGGGUGAUGAGAGUAAAUUCAAUUCCACCAUUGAGGUGGGCGACCACCGGUUUGUGGUCCUGCCCACAGGGGAGGUGUGGUCCCGUCCUGACGGGUCCUACCUCAAUAAGCUGCUGAUAACCAGAGCCAAGGAGGAGGAUGCUGGAAUGUACAUCUGCCUGGGAGCCAAUACUAUGGGCUACAGCUUCAGGAGCGCCUACCUGACGGUGCUGCCAGAUCUGAAGCCUCACAUCAGUCCUGUCCCCACGGUGGCCUCUCAAAAUCUUCCAUGGCCAGUCAUCAUUGGAAUCCCAGCAGGCGUCGCCUUCAUCUUGGGUACCGCCCUCCUCUGGUUCUGCCAGUCAAAACGCACCUGUGCCACGUCUACUUCCUCAUCCUCAUCCUCGUCCUCCGCUCUGCCCACCUGCCAGCACCUGCCAGCAGCCAGUCGUGACAGAGCCUGCCCGACGCUUCCUCCUCAGCAGGCCAAUGGGGACAAAGAUUCUCUUUCCUACGAGGACUACGUUGCCCAUCAGCAGCUGCUCCUCUCUCAGGCAGGCACAGGAUUGGCUCCUAAGGUCUACCCAAAAAUCUACACAGAUAUACACACGCACACGCAUUCACACGUGGACGGAAAAGUGCACCAACACCAGCACAUUCACUACCAGUGUUAGCAGCAAGGCUAAGCUUUGGUGUUUCACGUUCAGGCAGACUCGAACCACAGCGCUCCACCCUCACUGACACAAGACCGCACAGCAACAAGAACCACAUCCAAGGGACCGUAUGGACUCCUGCACAGAUUAUUGCAUAUAGAUGAAUUUAUUCCACAUAGAAACAAUGAAGAAUGUAAAGUAAGAGAAGACUGGAGCGCAUCACAAAGAAUCUUUUUUUGUUUGUUUGUUUGGCAUUUUGGUACCUAUUUUGCUGAAGUACGUGAGCAGGGGAAAAAAUCCAUAUAAAGUGAAACCCUUUUUUUCAUAUUAUGUUUGCGUUCUUUCAGUACAGUGGACACACCCACCCUAGGGGGAGAAAAUUUAAAGUUGAGAAAACUUCUAAAUUUACAGCAAUGAGUGCAUAGACAUUUUGAAUUUUCUCCAGGAUACUAUGCAUGAAGACAGUCAUGGCUAUGCCAGUUUGACAUUUGACCCCACUGACCUUGACCAUCACCCAAAUGAUUGACCUCUGGCAAUGCUGAAAUCCACCUAAGUGUGUGCCAAGUUCGGUCCAGUUUGGGUUGAAAAUCAAACUCCUCGAUGUUUACCAAAAUUAAUUAUUUCAGGGUCAACAUUCUGGCAGACAUGAAUGACUGUGACCCCAGUGAUUGACUUUUGGUUAAUUUGAUCUAGCCUGGGCGAUUCCAGAACUCACCUUGCUGGAUGCCAGUGUGUUUAAAAUAAUAAUAAUGAUAAUACAUUUUUGACCUUUGACCCAAAUGACCUUGACCUUUACCAAAACAAAUCCUUAAGGACAACUCCUUUGUUGGCCUUCAUCCACCUACCAGGUUGGUGAGAAUCCACCAAAGGACUUGUAGGGAAACAAAGUUUCUCAAGUUUUAAUAUGGUUAGUUGGAUUAAUUCCGAUUACAAAGUUUGUUAAAACUGCAACAGUAUGCUAAUUUGGCCAACUUAAAAUUUUGAAUCACAUAAACUCACAGUCACUAUUUCAGUAACAUCUUGCUCAAGGGCAUUUCCACAGACCGAUAUGCUUACAGCUAAUUUACUCUAGCGCCUGAGCCACAUUUGCCUCACAAACAGGUAGAAUAAUGAUUAGACAAUUUAUACAGCCAUAAACUUUCCAACUGGUUAUUAUUUUAAUGGUGCAAAUCAAAUUACAAACUAGAACUCUAUUUAACCAACAGAUGUGAGUUGAACAAACUCAGAUAAAAUUAAAGUGGAUUUACUUUGUAGCAACCAGAAGGUUGGUGGCUCAAUCCCUGACAACUUCUGUGUCCCCAAAUCUCUCAUUGUUUCCUGUCUGUGAGGAUAGCUUUAAAGCAAUCUACAAAUUAUAAAAGUAUUUUUUUAACAAACUUUUUUUAUUUAUUAUUUUAACUCACAAUUGUGAGUUAAGGUGAUGUCAGAAGUUUAAAUUUAGAUGUGACUCAGCAAUUUAAGCAAUCUUUUUCAGCUAAACUGAUGGUGAGAAAAUUCUAAACUUUCUGUGCAGCUGGUUGUCUUUUUUUUUUAAGUUUUCUCAACUUUUUCUUUUUUUACAGUGCACAACCUCCCAGUAACAGGCUAAAUCCAGCCUCGUUACCCAACAACUAUUCAUACUGUAUGUAUCCUCUCGUGUGUAUAGCAGAAUAUGAUUACAUGGCAUUGGUUUACCCUCUUCUCACCGGAUAAUCUAUCAAGAAAAAUAUACAGUGUAUGUAAGGUAAUAGUUUCAGAGCGUAUGUCAGGCGUCAGCCGAACUGAGCCACAUGUGAACACAAACUCUGCGGCGAAGACGAGAGCCGCGAGUGCCGACGGCCCCUCUGAUGAAUCACCAGCUGCUAUCUGGGGAAGACGUGAAAAAGAACCAAUGUCAGAGUUAGUGAGUUUAAAUGGCGUGCAUCUCUUAUUUUUAGCAGCAGCAGCUACGGCCAAACGCAGCAGUUGAAAACGCGACCACUCAGUCGAUUUAAGACCCGAUUUGAGCUCACUGGAAGCCCUUUGACUUCCUGUAGAUCGGUGCCAUUUCCUGAACUGCGUCGCCUCCUUAGUUUCGCUGGAUGCUUGCUGAUUUUAGAAGCGGGUGCAUAAGAAGGAUGAAGGAUAUCAGAUCUCCUCAGGUCAACCUCUUCAGCCAACAGAGCCAAAACAUCGGCAGCAGUCCAGUGGGAGUAAAAACGACGGCUUCUGUGAAUCGUUUUCAGACUUAUCUUUGGAUCGCUGGAUACUGUCUGUGACAGAUUCUUCUUCAUAUGUUAUGAGCUUCGGCAGGCUUCAAACAGAGAGACUUUAUCUUAAAUAUAAGGGUGAACGUUGUUGUAAAUCCCUCAUAUGCAUCUAUAAAGUGAUACACAAGAUAAUAUUUGAGUCAGAUUGGCUGAACAUCCGCUUGAACGUUCUGAGAGUUUACUCUGAUAUGCGUUCAGUAGAAAUGCUCUGGAUUAAGAGCUCCAGCAGGGAUUGUCAGUCUUAGUAUCAGGAUCCAAACAUGAUUUGUAAACAGUCUUUCAGAUAAGGAAAAACUGCACCAUCUGGACUGGAAUUGGAAGUAGAUGUUGGUCUGGAUGAAGGGGUCACGGGCUGAAAAUGGACUCUGAUACGCAGCAAAACCUGCUGUUAGUCCAACUCAAACACUCCAAGGAAACUGAUUAACUUAAACCAAUCAAAUUCAAGCUAACAGAAGCAUUAUAAAUAAACUUAGCAAGACAUUAUGUUCAUUUUACAUUAAUUACCAAAGUAAGUUUUGAUGGUUGAAUAAUAUAUUUUAGUUAAACUUGAAUGAUUUGACAAACUGUUUCCUCAAAGCGUUUGAGUUGAAUCAACAAUUCGACUGUUAGAGAACUUAGAAGUACUGUUGAAAAGUGUCUGCGUUGUUCUCACCUAAAUGUGGAGACGGACAUUGUACAGAAGUCUGGAUUAGAUGAAUAACUGCUUUCUUACAAAUGUAUAAAAUGCUUUCAGGCGUACAGUGUGGAAGAUCUUUGAGCCUGAAUGUAUUUAAUCACAUUUCUGCAGUUACCAAAAUAUGCUGGAUUUAAAAUACACUUCACUUCCUCUUCUAACCUUUAAAAGAAACAAACUGAGGCACGUAACGAGUUUCCUCAGACUCUUGACUUUAGUUUUGAUUCCUGGUUGGUGUUUAAACUUUGUCCGCACACAUCUGACCUCAUCGGCAAAUGAAUUAGAGGUGAUAUAUUUAUUCUAUCACCAUUUGUUCCAUCGUGUCUCAUUGUGAUACCCACAAACCUCAUAAACAGUUUGCAUUUGUUAGACUUGUGUGAGUAUUUUUGUCUUUUUGGAUGUGUAAGUAAAUAUGUAAACAAAUGCAGUGGCUCGCUGACAGAAUCCAGAAGAAAACACAAACACAUUGAAGUUAAGAUUCUAACCACAUUUGAUAAAAGCGGUGUUAAAUGGUAUUUUUCCAUAGGAGCACCAUUUUUAAAUGUUUUGUGGUUCAUGUUUUCAUUCAGGACAAAAACAAUUUCACUUGGUGCUUUAUUGAUUCAGAACACAAACAUAGUCACAGGCUAACUGGCUCCAUAUUGUACGGAGCAACCUAAAACACUCGCAUUAAACUGCCUUUAGUCAAAACACAACAGGCAGUCAUUCACUGAUAUGGAGGGGGAGAAGAUCACGCUCCUCAUUAGUAUGGUGGAUGGUAAGUACAAAAAACACUUUUACAGCAGAACACUUUUAUAAGAAGUCCGAAAUAUUGCACAAAGUCCCGAAACAAAUUUACAAAUAACAGAUUCUGGCAGCAGGGGAAUGUACCAAAUGCCGAAAUUGACGGAAAAGGGAAUGUACCAAAUUACAGAUUCUGACGGAAGGGGAAUGUAACCAAAUUACAGAUUCUGACAGAAGGGGAAUGUACCAAUGCCGAAAGUGAUGGAAUGGAAUGUACCAAAUUACAGAUUCUGACAGUAGGGGAAUGUACCAAAUGCCAAAAGUGACGGAAGGGGAAUGUAUCAAAUUACAGAUUCUGACGGAAGGGGAAUGUGCCAAGUGACAGAUUGUGACAGAAAGGGAAUCUACCAAAUGCCAAAAGUGAUGGAAGGGGAAAUGUAACAAAUUACAGAUUCUGACAGUAUGGGGAAUGUACCAAAUGCCGGAAAGUGACAGAGGGGAAUGUACUAAGUGAAAAAUUCUGAUCUGAAGGGGGAAUGUACGAAAUGACAGAUUCUGACAGAAGAGGAAUGUGCCAAGUGAGAGAUUCUGACAGAAGGGGAAUGUACCAAAUGACAGACAUUCCCCUUCCAUCACGUUCAGCAUUUGGUACAUUCCCCUUCUGUCAGAAUCUCUCACUUGGCACAUUCCUCUUCUGUCAGAAUCUGUCAUUUCGAAUUUGCUUUAGGACUUCUUGUAAAAGUGUUCUGCUGUUUGUGAAAGUGUUUUUGCACUUGCCAACCACCGUACAUUAGCACUCCACUUGUUAUAAUUCAGACCACUCUUGCUGGCAGACUGUUUGGCUAAUGUAAGCUAUAUAAUUGGUCAUUUAAAGACUGCUAAUGACUUCUUUCACCUGUUCAGUGGUUUGUGAUUGUCCCUUCUGAUAUCCUUAAUAGCCAGUUAGCCGCACAACUGUUUGCAUUCUAAAUCAAUAAAGCACCAGGUAAAAUCACUUUUGUUCAGACGCACCCUAAAACAUCUCAAAAGUAAUCUUUAAAUAUACCUUGCAUCUCUGCUCACCCACACACUUAAAAAAAAAUACAGAAAAUUCCUUUUAAUGCAUUAAUCCAACAUAUUUUUAAGAAGAUCUUAAAUAUCUGAGGUUUUCAAUAGUCAAGUGUUAAUAAUAAAAAUGCUGCCAGGUAUUUUCCAGUGUGCCUAAAUUAAAAUUGUGAGAAUUUCUAAUAUAUUUUUUUAAAUGCACAAAAAUGUAACUCGCUAAUUGAGAUAAAUCAGACUGGAGGAUUACCUUCUGGAUUUUAUGUGAUUAUUAAUUCAGCCGUUAACCCGGUGUAUCAUUGAGGGUUAUUUCUGGAUGUUCAUUUUUCAUCACUUUGUAGUAAACAAAUCUAGCAUCAGCAGAAUCAGAUAAAACCAUUUUUGCUCUUUCUGUCUGUCCUGGUGUUUCUGCAUGUGUUCAAAAAUCUGUACACUUAAAAAAUAAAAUAAAAAUACCCACGCCAAGAUAAUAUAUGCUUCAGACUGUUUCACAUUUGCACAACUCUUUGAAAGUCUCACUCAGUGAUGUAAUACCAAAGCGAUGGGGGGGGGGGACUAAACAGAGAUGUUUGAGGGAAAAUGUGCUGUUUGCAAUUUUAGCGACAUGAAAUCUUUUUUUUUUUUUUUUAGGCUUGCCAUGCAGUUGAUUUAAUUUGUAAUAAUUCAAUGUUUCACUUUGCAGACCUUCUGCGGGACAUAAAUCCAGAGAGUGUGAACUUUCUGUGCAGCUUUAAACAGCUGUCUGACUGGAUGAGAUUUAUUCAAAUCGCCUGGCGGUUAUUCGUGUACAUUGUUGCACAUAAAUGUUUAAGCUUAAAGCAGAAAAUGUAUUUCUGUUUUAUACGGCAAAGACAGAUUGAGGAACUGAAACACACGUCCAUCGGGUUCUGCUCUGUUCUCUUCUGUGCUGAAACAAAGAAAUUCAUCAAGACUGACUCUAUAAAUUAGUCCAGUACUGAAAAUUAGUAUUUGGGAAUGACAUACAAACUUUAAGAAAACAUAAAAACCAACAUUUAUAGGUAUACAGAAAUAUUAAGGAGCUGUUACACACAGCAUUUGGAUAACGUUAUCCUGAACAAGAGGGUUUUUUGUUUAGUUUUUCUUUUUAAAAUUUGAUUUUCUUUGACUGUUAAAUGGGUGAAAAAUGCAUUUUUUUUCCCUCUCUCUUUUUUGUGUUGUUUUGUAAAAGCUCUUCACUGCCAACAGACAGACUGUGUCUGCGCCCUUGCCCCAUGUAUGUUUACUCAACAAAAAUAAAAAUGCAGCACUUUUUGUUUUCAUUCCCAUUUUUCAUGCAUAGAAGUAAAACAUCUAAGACAUCUUCUAUGCAACACAAAAGUCUUUUUUUUCCCCCCCUGACUUGUGGUUACAAAUUUGCGUUCGUGCACACUUAGCUGUUGUGACAGACACUUCAUUACAUCUUGAUUUGCCACACCGGCAGAGUGGUUGGAUUCUGUGCUCACUAACAGGGAUUUAAAAAAUUUAUGAACACAUUUUGAGCAAAAUAAACGUAAGGUAUACUCAGGAGAACUCAGAUAUUUUUAAUGCAUUAAAAAUGUGAAUAAAACAAAGUGUUUGUUGCGUGUCCUAUAAAGGUGUUCAAAUGAAAGUUGAUACUUUCGAAUGGUGGUUCUAAUGACAUAUUGGCUCAUAUAAUGGAACAAAAAAAUCCUUAUUCUUUCAAUGAUUUUUGAAAAGAUAAUGUGUCUAAUUUAUUUAUUCUUUGUGUUCAUUUCGUAUAUAAUUUGGGCAUUAUACUGCAUGAGUGCAUUUUGUGUUAUAAUGUAAGCUAUGUAGCACGUACCUUGUUUAUGUCAUUGUAAGAUAUUGUAUUUAUACGUUCUGACAGAAUAUACGAAACCCUAUCGAGUCUUUGUAUAGACAAUCUUGUACAGUUUGUCAUUUUGUUUUACCUUGUUUUAACCACUUUAUUGGUGCCAUUAAAAUCAGUUAAAUCA